AUGUCAUUGCAGGCACAGCUACUCAGUGAGCGUCACAUGCAAUCUUUGUUAAUGGAGGUAUGGCAGUACUAUUUUGGAGAACGCCUUUAUUAUUUAUUAAUAUUGAAACACAUUUUAAGUCACUGGCAAGAUGAAGCUGAUCCUUACAAGGAAAUUUAUGAAAAGUUUUUGGACAAAAUCAAUAAAGAUAAAGCUGUACUGCAUAAGAUUAUUAAUCAAAUUGAAGUGUCCAUCAGUACUGAACUUCCUUCAAAAGAUACUAAUGGACCAUAUAUGACUGAUCUUCUUGCUUAUCAUUGGGUAACAUUUAUUCUGAAGGAACAAUAUGAACUAUUGCAAUUACUUCUGUUAUAUUAUAAAGUAAUAGAACCAACCAUCUCUGAUGUUCAAAAAUUACUUUCAGUGUUUCAAACUCAUGGCUUUGGAUUGAGACAAUCUUUUCGAUUUAUGUUUUCCGAUGAAAAUCAGCAUCUUGUUGAUUUAAUAGGGUUAGGAGAGCAUUAUCUACUUAAAGAUGAGAAAGCUUUAUUGGAACUGAAUAAUUCAAUACAUAACUUAGGAAGCCACCAAUCCCAUUCACCUGUUUUAUUGUGUUGGCUUCUUAUUUCCCAAUGUUCUGAAGUUCCAGUAAUGGUGAAAUCUGCGUAUAAACUUGGAAAAUCAGCUCUACAAUUAGAUGUUUUUGAAUACCUCAAGACAGCUGUAUCAUCUCCUGAGUUUUCCAGGAAAGGGGUGAUACCAGAUAUUAUCAACUUGAUUGUUUAUAAUUUACUUUCAAUUGUGUUAUCCCAGUUUGAGCUUCACAAUUUAGGUUCAGUGCAGCCACUGUAUGCUAUUGCUACAUCUGUCUUAAAAUGUAAAAGUGUUGCUGAUGAUUUUUGGGAACAGGAAGAGAAAAGUGGCAUUAGGGAACUUUUUACUUACUGCAUUGAAAUGUUUUCCAUAGAAUUUUGUCCAUUGCUAAACAUGUGUUCCUCUUUAGCAUCAACUGAGAAAGAGAGCUGUAUAAAGGUAGUUCAAACUAUAAAUAAGUUGCCAGUAUUCACUGAAUUUUUAGAAAAUAUUGAUGAAAGAGAUGUUACUGCGACCCAAGAACCAAACGUUUGGGAACUUAUUAAAGACCGAACCCUUUAUGGGGACCACAGCAUAACAUUGCCUAAAGGGACCUUGGGAAUCGUUAUCAAAGAGACUGACAAAGACAGCUCAUCUGUGAUACAGUGGCAAGUUGAUGUUAAUGGAUGGCAAAUAUGCUUACGAGAACUUUACUUUAAGUUACAAGAAAUGUCUUUCAGUUCUGCUUUAAUUCCUGUAGAAAGUAUCAAAAGAAUGAUAACUGUUGGAAAACUUGUGAAGAAUAUUUUAGAGACAGCACCAGAAAUGAGAUUUCAACUGAGCCACAUUUUAAAUGCCAUGUUUUCAAUUUUACAAAGGCAUAUUAGCAGCACAUCACCUUCCUUGGAGCUUAUUUCUGUUUGUAUUGAUAUAGCAGCUAUAUUGUCAAGAGAUGAAGUGUCAGAUGUAUGGCAACAGUUAUCCCAAAUACGUCUUCUUCCUUUCAUGACAAGCGUUCCUAAGAACAUAAUGGAUCGUGUGAGUGGUAUAUGCAUGAAUAUUGGGAUUAUUGGUCAACUGAUUGCGUCCCGUGAAUGCAUAUCUGGGGAAUAUUCUGUGUGCCUUGCUUUCUUGAAUUUAGUAUUGAAUGUUUCAGAGAAUGCAGCUUCAGAAAAUGAAAAUUUUCUAGCUUGUGUAGUCUAUAUUAUGAGAGAAAUAUUUUCCUACUUUCACAAAUGGUAUUAUUCAGAGCCCAAUCAACGUUUACUUAUGGGUCAAAUAUGUCUUCAACUACUUCACAAUUUAUUUCCUAUGAAUAAACAUAAGACAAAAUCAUUUGAGUUGGGUGAACAAGUUGCUUCAAUGAUACGCUUAUCUUUAUCAGUGCUGAAUCGUCUGUUGCUACUACGUAACAAUUUCUGUGUGAAAAGCUCCAAGACUGAGGUGUCUCCCUUGGAAGCUGUACUAUUUUCUACUCCCGGACAUACUACUCAACCACAAGUUGUGCUCAUGGUUGCACAUUACGCAUUUCAGCGUUACAAUCCCCAUUUAGCAAUAUUAGCCAUUCAACUUCUUAAAAGAUUUGCAAAGGAAUUUCCCAUGUCUCUACUAGCUUGCUUUGGUUCUGAAGCUGAAGCAAUCCGUGAUCAUUUCUUGGCUAGACUCUGCUUUCAGUAUGAAAAUGUUCGGCUAAAGGUUGCCAUUUUAGAGUUUCUGACAGUGUGUAUUGCACAACAGCCUGGUUUGAUUGAAAUGUUUAUAUAA